CUGACAGCUCGGGAAGUAAAUUCGCACUGGGGAACAUGGCGAAAACAUCAAACUAAUUUACUUUAUAACACCGUUACGCUUCAAAUUAACUGAGGCCAUUUCAACGCUGUACCCGGCAUUUCGUUGGGAGUGAGCGGCGGACAUGUCUGUGGUUUUCUCAUACACUCACCUCCGAGUGCCCAAAGGAUUUGGGGCCAUUCUGGAGGGCCUGGCCCGCGAAGUCCUGAGAGAUCAGCCGGAGGAUAUUCCCGCCUUUGCAGCUAAACACUUUACUGUACUCCUGAAAGCCAGAGAAGAGAGUGGUGAGGACCCAGCAGCAUGGGCCGCAGCACUGGAGGAGAGGUUUAUUAAUAAGCAACCCUUAAAGGGCUCUGUGAAACAGGAUUCCUCAGCUGUCAGGACCCAAAAGGAGGAAAAGCCCAAACCACCUCAUUGCGUUGAAACCAAAGAGCCUGACGAUGCCCAGCCGACACAGACCCCCAGAGUCUCCCCACUGAACCCUGAUCAGGAGAACAGAGUCUCCCCACGGAACCCUGAUCAGGAGACCAGAGUCUCCCCACGGAACCCUGAUCAGGAAACUAGAGUCUCCCCACGGAACCCUGAUCAGGAGAACAGAGUUUCCCCACGGAACCCUGAUCAGGAGCAGGCCCAGGACAGUGCAGCUCGGGGAGGGUUUGGGACCGCUGGCACGGCUGGCACCACUGGCACGGCCAACACAGCAGAGGAGCCUGAGCCUGAGCCCUUCUCUGAGGGCCCAUACGGGGGCGUCACCAAUGUGGACAUCUGUGUAGAGAAGCUGAGGGGAGGAGGGGGGUCCACAGAAGAGGCUGUAGAAGGAGGUGACGCAGAGGUAGAGGAGGAAGCCGGGGAGGGAGGUGAUGGGGAAGAGGUGAAGGAGGACACCAGUAAGUAUAUAGAUGUUGAUAUCUGCAGGUCAGAGCUAGAGCAGUCCUCGGAGGUGUACAUCGGUGGACUCGCGAGUGUCGACGUAUGCGCUGGGGAGCUGGGAGGCCAGCGGGCUGAUCAGAACCCCAUGUCUGAGGGCAGCGUAAAAGAAUACAGCUUUGUAGAAGCUUCUGGAAGCCAGCUGGAGGAGAAGGGGCUGUCUGAGUCCCAGGAGGAGCUGGAAACUCCCGUCGGAUUAGCAAACCUCAGAGCCGAAUCCGCAGAACAGAGUAAGAAUUCGCUGGAUGAGCACCUUGCUGGAGAUGGCGACAAGCGUGGGAGUGAGGUCACACCUGAGGAUCAUGGGAGAGAGGUCACACCUGAGGAUCAUGGGAGAGAGGUCACACCUGAGGAUCAUGGGAGUGAGGUCACACCUGAGGAUCAGACAUGUUUGGGAGAUCAACGUGAGGAGGCGCAGGAGGUCUCAGCCACCUCUGAAGUCACUCAGGACCCGGAGCUCAAACGGACAGAACACACUGAGACAGAGGCUGCAGGUAGCCAUGAGGAGGAUGAUGGGCGAGGACUGGCAUCGGGAGCAGAGGGGGGUGUUGGGAGUGGGCACGCAGAGACCACCAGAGAGGAGGGCAUGGGGUCAGGGUCAGGGUCAGAGUCGGAUGUGGACGUGGAAGACACAGAUACAGAGAAACCUGAUACUCAGGACAUGGCUGGACACGGGUCUGCAGAGGAAAGUGGAGGAAUCAUGUCCAUGACUGGAGCUGAAGAUUCCCAUGGAGACUGUGAGGUAGAGACAGAGGAAGUGAGGAAACCUGAGAAUGAGGAUGGUGAUGAUGAGGAUGAUGAUGAUGAUGUGACAGAGACAGAUAAAGAUGUCCAAACAUCCACACUACAGGACGUGUCUGAGAUAGAGUCCACCCAGCAGGAUCGGAGCGAGGACGAGUGUGAUGUCACACAGGCAGAGGGGCAGCUGGACGAACACACACUGAUCUCAGAUCAGAGGGAGUCCUCACCCACACGCAGCAGGUCAGAGGUCACAGGUCACGACCCUGACGGAGUGUCAGGGGAAACCGAUGAGCAGCUGAUGAGCAGUCAGCAGAGGUCCCCUUUGGGUGAACAACACAGGAGUCAUGAGAAGUCUGACUCUGACAGCAGUGAGUCCGAGGAGGAGGAGGAGGAACCUGAGGAGGAGAACCCAGAGGCUUCACAUCCACGCCAGCAGGACAUCUCUGAGGAGGAGGACCCAGAGGCUUCACAUCCACGCCAGCAGGACAUCUCUGAGGAGGAGAACACAGAGGCUUCACAUCCACGCCAGGAGAACAUCUCUGAGGAGGAGGACCCAGAGGCUUCACAUCCACGCCAGCAGGACAUCACCGAGGAGGAGGACCCAGAGGCUUUACAUCCACGCCAGCAGGACAUCUCCGAGGAGGAGAACCCAGAGGCUUCACAUCCACGCCAGGAGGACAUCUCCGAGGAGGUCAGUGAGAAGGAGAGGGAACAUGAAGCCAGUAAUGAUGAGCUUGAUGGCAAUGAGAACGCCGAUGAGCAGGAACCUCAGCUGGAUUGCAAGGACAAAGGGGACCAGAGCAUCUCGGGAGGGGACUGUGAGGACAGAGAUCCUCCUGGUCCUGCCAAACCCUCACGGCCCCUCUCUGGUGCUCUACCAGAUGAAACUGAAGCAAAAGCGGAUCCAUCAGCUGAGGGACCCUCACAACCUGCCGAGCACAUGACCUCUCCUGACUCAGAGCAAGAUCAGAGCCCACAGCAGAUCAGCCAAUCAGGAGAAGGCCAGGACUUCACACAGGAAGGAGAGGCAGAGGAAGUGAUGUCAUCUGGAAACAAAGGUGACCCCAAGGAGGAGUGCAGCCAGCCUCAGGAUGAGGAGGACAUCAUGGACAUCCCGCUGGACGACCCCGAGGCCAACCGCGCUGCCGCCAGGAUCCAGGCCGGCUUCCGGGGUCACAUGACCAGGAAGCAGAUGAAGGACGUUAAGCCUGAGGGUGAGGGUGAGGGCGAGGGCGAGGGCGAUGGCGAGGAGGUGAGCAGCAGCGGAGAGGCACUCAACGGAAACCAGGGCAACGCAGGGGCGUCAGAAGGGGCGGAGACAGAAGACACAUCAGUACCUGAGCAGUGAGGCCCCGCAGCGAGCGCCGCAGACGUGGGAGAGGGGCCUCCAGAUCCUGCGCUCUCUCAAGACCAACUUUCUAUAGAUGUGCCAGAGCAGAGCUAGGGUGUGUGUGUGUGUGUGUGUGUGUGUGUGUGUGUGUGUGUGUGUGUGUGUGUGUGUCUGGUGAACUCUUUCUGUCAUGCCUCCUCUGCACCCUGCCCUGUGCAGACUCCUGUGAAUGUACUCCCCAUCCAAAGCAUGCCCUAAUACCCCUGUCUCAACUUUAAAAACCACUCUUUUACCCCUGCCUCCACUUUAAAACCACCCUUUUACCCCUGUCUCAGCUUUCAAAACCACCCCUUUAACUCUUCUUUCAGCUUUUCACCCCCAUAUAUCCCUU